UAAAAAAUCUAGAAUUCACACAUUGGUGCAUAAUUCUAUUUAUUCCAGCUUUUAUCACAUAUUUCAACAUGCCGAAGGUGAAAAGAAGUAAGAAACCGCCACCAGAUGGUUGGGAACUCAUCGAACCGACUUUGGACGAAUUGGAUCAGAAAAUGAGAGAGGCUGAAACAGAUCCUCAUGAAGGCAAACGAAAGGUAGAAGCUCUGUGGCCAAUUUUUAAGAUCCAUCAUCAGAAGUCUCGCUACAUUUAUGAUCUAUUCUAUAGAAGGCAUGCUAUCAGUAGAGAAUUGUAUGAUUAUUGUCUCAAAGAGAACAUUGCCGACAAGAACCUCAUAGCCAAAUGGAAGAAGCAGGGAUAUGAAAAUCUGUGUUGCCUACGAUGCAUUCAAGCCAGAGAUACAAACUUUGGAACGAACUGUAUUUGUCGGGUCCCGAAAGCCAAGUUGGAGGAAGGCAAGAUUGUUGAAUGCGUACAUUGUGGAUGUCGUGGAUGUUCAGGAUAGGACUCAAAAAGGACUUUAUUUGACAGAGGAAGUCCCACAAAUCUGAAGGCUGAAAUAGCAGCCUAACGCCUGCUUGUUGAAAUGGAAAGUAACACUCAGGCUGUUGCAAUAGCAACCACCAUUUAUGUGUUAUUUGCAUUGGCAAUCCGAUUGUGGUUGGUUGCAAGUCUAGUGGAGUAUGUUAAUGAGAAAUGUUUCUGUACGGACGUAUGUCGCCUCCAUAAGUGAAUAAUGGUACUGGUAUCUUGAUCGACUACAUUGCUUUGAUUUAAACCACAGCUGGUCGUUCUUUUGGGUGAAAAAAUCCAGAGCACAAAUUGUUCUUUUAUGCAGGGUUCAGCUGUAUUGUUUUUCACAUCUUUCUAUUAUCAGGCCAUUUCACUCGAUACAUACUUACUGCCUGUUUUACGAAAUCAGUUGAAUGGGGAAGUCAGUUGUAUGUGACUUUAUUCUACCAUGGUUGACCUUCCAAGAUGUUUAAAUGUUGUCUGAUUGGUAGUAUGGCAGAAAAGGUUGAGGACCAUGUGUCCACAGAGUUUUUAAAAGAUUUUAUGAGUGGACAUUUGAAAACAUGUCAACUAUCAGUGUAUUUCAAAUUUGUGGCAGUGAAUUAUGAAAUGUUCUACAAGCUGGUAUUGAGGAGACCAGAGGGAAGAACGUCAAUGAAGUCGAUCAUUGAUGAAAUCUUGGAAGUGCACUGUUGAACAACAAAUAUUGAAAAUCUAAGGGAAAUAGGGAGUGGAAUGCAGGUGAUUUCCACCAAAUUGACUGAACAUGAAUUGAAAAAAAUAAACUAUUUUAUAUGAAAAUUG